UUCAUAUCAAAUCAUCCAUUGAUUGAUAAUCAUUGCCAUAAUCUUUUAAAAGAUUACUCGGACGAUUUUUCAUUGGUGAGAUGUUUUACAGAAGCUAAUUAUAAUGACAAAAUUCAAUUGAAGGAUACUGUGAUUGAAACUUUAUCUUUUAAGCGGGGGAUUAAGCAAUUGCUUAACCUAUUAAACAUCAAUGAUUUUGUUAUCAAUGAUUUGAAUUCCAUCAAUAAAUUAGAAUCAUUGAUAAGGAAUCAAUUUAAGUUUCAAAAAUUAUGUGAAAUAUAUUUUAAUUCAAUCAACAUCCAAUGUUUAUUGCUUGAUGAUGGAGUUUCUAAUCUGGUUGUUGAUAAGUUGGAAUCAUUAGAUUUUCAUUCAAAAUAUGUAGAAAAUAUACGAAGAGUAGUUAGAAUUGAAUCUAUAUCUGAACAAAUUUUAAAUGAAUUGUCAUCAUUAUCUUCACAGCAACAAAUCACUAAAGCAUUCUUGGAAAAAUUCAACAAUGAAAUAAGCCAAUUAUAUAAAUCUAAUCAAAUAAUUGCAUUCAAAAGUAUUUCAGCUUAUCGUACUGGAUUAAAUAUUCAAUUAUUUGAUAUCAAUAACAACAACAAUGAUGGAGAUUCAACUAAGGUGGAAGAUAGUUUUAAAGAAUAUAUUACAAAUAUUAAAAACUCAUCUUUGAAAAAAUUAAAUAAUAAAAUCUUGAUUGAUUUUAUCAUAAAUGAAACUUUUAAAAUUGCAAUUAAAUAUGAUUUACCAAUUCAAUUUCACACUGGAUUUGGUGACAAUGAUCUUGAUCUAUUAUUGGCAAAUCCUCUUCAUCUUCGUCCUUUAAUUGAGAAAUUUCCAGAUGUCAAAAUUGUUCUAUUACAUUCUUCUUAUCCUUAUACUCGUGAGGCUGAUGGACAUUUUUUACCAGAGACUUAUUAUUUGGCAACAGUUCAAACCAAAGAAAUAUUGUCAAAAGUUUUGACAGAGUUUGUUGAUAGUGAAUAUUUGAAUGUUGAUGAAGCAUUAAACAUUGUUAAAAAUAUUUUAUUUGAAAAUUCAAAUAAAUUAUACAAAUUAAAUCUCACCCCAAAAUUACCUGAAUCUACUUUUUCUCCACUUCAAGUUGUUUCUGCUGGCAAGCAUGUCAAAUUGAUCACUGAUCUAAAAUCUAAAGGAGUAAAGUUUGUGAGAUUAGGAUUUAUGGAUUAUUGCAACCUUCAUAGAAUUCGUCUUGUACCAAUUGAUAGAUUCUUCAAUGAUGUAGUAAAUAAUGGGCUAAGUUGUGCUAAAGCUCUACUUGGUCUUCCUUUCUAUAUGGAUAUUGUGUCAGUUGGCAGUGGAGUAAGUGUAGCUGAUGAAAUGUUAUUAUUUCCCGAUCUUAAUACAAUUAAACAAAUCCCAUAUCAUCCAUCACAUGCUCACUGCCAUGCCUUCAUGAAAGAAAAAGAUGCUUCUAGAAGUGGCUUUCCUUUAUGCACAAGAACUUUACUAAAGAAUGUUUUAGAUAAGGCUGAAAAAGAACAUGGAUUAAAGUUUUUAUGUGGGUUUGAAAAUGAAUUUAUCUUGAUUAAAGAUAAAUUAUAUAACCAUCAUCCUAAGAACAAGAACAAGAAUGGUAGUAGUGAUAAAGAAAGUGAUGUUGAUGGUAAUGAUUAUAGAAAUGAGCCAAAACCAAUUGAUAAAACAACUUAUUGUUUAGCAUCAUCAUUUUCUGGUAGAUCAGCAACAAUUCUUGAUGAAAUUGUGGAAAGCAUUCAAAACCAAGAUAUUUUAGUGGAACAAUUUCAUUCCGAGUCUGCUUUUGGCCAAUUUGAAAUAGUCACUGCUCCUUAUGAUCCAUUAACAACAGUUGAUAAAUUAAUUAUAACCAGACGAACAAUCUAUGAUGUUGCGAAAUUAAAUGAUAUCAGAGCCACUUUUCUGCCUAAACCUUUCAAAGAUCAAGAAUUUUUUAUUGCUGGUGUAAUAUCACAUAUUAAAUCUUUGUGUGCAAUUACUUUACCAACUAAAAGUUCCUAUGAUCGUAUUACAGUUGAACAUUCUUGGGCAGGGUCAUGGAUUUGCUGGGGUUAUGAAAAUCGUGAAGCACCAAUUAGGAUUUGUAAGAAUUCAGUAUCUGGUAUAAAUUUUGAAUUUAAAUUUGUUGAUGCCACUUCAAAUCCUUACUUGGCUGUUGCUGCAAUAAUUUCUGCUGGAAUUGAUGGAAUUGUUAAAAAAUUAGCUUUAAACACUAAACCAAUCUCUAUUGAUCCUGGUCAUUUAUCUGAUGAAGAGCGCAAAUCUAAUGGAAUUGAAAAAUUACCAGCAACUUUAAAAGAAUCUUUAGAGUCUUUAAAACAAGAUAAAGUGUUGAUUAAAUGUUUAGGAGAAAAAAUUAUUCAAUGUUAUGUGGCCGUCAAAGAA